AUGAAUAGGAAUCAUAAUAAUAAUAAUAAUAAUAAUAAUAAUAAUAAUAAUAAUAAUAAUAAUAAUAAUAAUAAUAAUAAUAGUAAUAAUCAUAAGCAAGUGGUCUAUUCAAAGUAUCGUUGGACUAGUGAUAAAGAUAAUAGUAUCCCAUAUACUCCUCAUUUGGUGACUGUUAUCAAAUGUGUAGUUAGAGAUGGACACUUUGACUAUACUCAAGAGAUUUGGAAUACGUUGUCAACGAGAUUACCAGAAAUAUCUCAUUCAAUCAUAUGGUAUGCUGUAUACUAUAAUCAAUUUAAAAUAUUCAAAUGGGCAGCUGAUCAAUCAAAAGAUAAAGUUAAUGAUAGCUUGUUUCAAGUUAUUAAAGAUGCUAUCAAAGACGAGGAAUAUCUAAUCAAUCGAGAUGAAAUCAUCGGCUAUCUACCAUUUGAAACGUUUCCAAAUUUCGCUGAUACCUGGCCAACCACCAUCACAUUACAAUCAUCUAAUCUACAAGCUCGAGUGUAUCGAUACCUCGCCUCCAAUAUAUCCUCUCAGAAAGAGACACCUUUGACUGACGAACAAUAUUUGAUGUCUCAAAAGUUCAAGGCACAUUUGACAAGAUUAAUCGAUAAUGUAGUGGAAUAUGGAGAUAUAGAUCUUUUCAAAACCAUUCAACAAAAUCAUGGAAUUGGUCUAUUGAAUUUCGAACAUAUGAUGUGUGAAGCUACAUCGGCUGGAAACUUGGAGAUGCUCAAACAUUUAAUUGAAACGAAUCCACAAAAGAGCAAGAGUGUUCAAACACCACCACCACCACCACCACCAGCAUCGACAGUAUUGGAGAUAGCAGCUAACGGUCACCUCCAUAUUGUCGAAUUCUUAACCAUUAUCGGAUCACAAACUACUCGAUCAGCAAUUCAAAUGGCAAUUGAAAAUGGAAAUAUAGAUAUAAAUCAAGUAUGUUUAUCGAAAAGUAUUCGCUACACUAUUUCUCAAAAUCGACCCGAUUUAUUCAAAGUAUUGGUUGAUUAUAUACCAUCAUUUCAAAGUGAAUUCGAUUUGCCAGAUAUUGUCAAAAGAGCAUUGCAACAUGGUCAACGGGAGAUAUUGGAGAUUGUCAAGACUAGAUUUGGUGUUGGUUUACCUUUAAUGAUAUCUUUCAUUCCCAAGGUUAGAAACGGUGAUAUGCUUGGAUACGUGUAUCGCAAUAGAAGGGAUGAUACUUCUGUGGAAUACCUACUCAAAUUCCAAUGGACUUGA